UUUUGUGGGUUUCUUGUUACUUGUUAUAACCACUGUUAUGUGGCUUGUUCUUCAUGAAAAGCUUCCUCUGGCUAACACAGGUAAGGAUCACUUCAGUGAAGGCUUCGCUUCCCCACUUGAGCCCGAGAUGUCGACCUACCACAGUGCUUACAUGAACGACUAUACCUCACAGCAGCCUGCUCUGGGACGCUCUCCCAGGAGCAGCGUCUCCCCGCCUCGUCUCCAGUACAACACCUCGUCGAAUCAGCUGCCAGACGCCGGCCGAAUAUCCAAGAGUGUCUCCCCUCCUCGCCACCAGUACAACAACAGCCCUCCGGUUCACCAGUCAGACAGCAGGACACCCAGGGAAUACACUUCUUCCUCCCGUCACCCAUACAGCUCAGCAGAUGACUCUCAUGAUGGACGGAAACGCAGAAACAGCACCUCUCCUCCACGUUAUCAGUAUAACACAUAUCAUCCCGCGGGGCGGUUGUCCAAAGGUGGUAGUUGCUCUCCUAACAACCAAGAAGCUAACUCACCGGAAUACAACAAUGGUGGCAAGAUACCUAGAACGCCAAGAGUGGGCGGAACGAGACCCUCGAAGGUGAAGCGCUACUUGCUGACCAGAGACCCCAAGGAUAGGCGCAUUUCAGGUAACGGUCUGGGUAUGAAGGUUGUGGGUGGGAAGGAAAUUCCUGGGACGAGGGGUCGCCUGGGCGCCUAUAUAGCCCGCAUUCACCCCGGCGGUGUGGCUGACGCCCUGGGCCAGCUGAAGGAAGGAGACUUAGUGCUCGAGUGGAACGGUAUCACUCUGAUCGACCGCACCUACGAGGAGGUGCAAGCCAUUGUGGCUCAGUCCGUUGAUGACGUCGAGGUGGAAAUUGUCGUGCGAAGUGACAUCAAUAUGAUCACGGGGGAGCGCAUGACCGGGGUUAGCAGCAGGAGUGGUGGGUACUCCCACCCAUCAAUGACAUACCCGAGCCCUUGCUAUCAAAGCCCUCGCCGAAGAACUGAUUAUCCCGCUGAUGAUCCUCUAGAUAUUAACGGCAAUCGCUCUACCUUCGAUGGUCUUGUGGUCAACACAACUCGAAAUAAUUCACAUGAAAAUCUUUACAUUAAUGAAAAUCGGUUCAGUGAAAGAGAAAAUGAUGUCGCAUUGCAAGGCAAGUCUGGGGAUUCAUCCAGUACGGAAAGUCCCCGAGCUCGAUCAACCUCGAGGUCGAGACAUCAAGGCAACAGCCCUGACAUGCGUGGCAAACGACAAACGAGUCCUGGUGUUGAACGACCAACAAACUGCGAGUUAAGGCAUGCGAGUGAAGAAGGUCUCCAGGGCGUAGGUUCCAUCUCGCACGGAGGUUCUCCCUUACAAUCACAAUCCUCCCCAGAACGCCGGAGUUCAAGUGUAGGUGUUGGAGUAUCUGGAGGAGGUGGUUCCCACGAUCAGGCAGAGAACCAAGGAGGUCGUGUGGUUGUUCCCAGUCCACCUCGUCACCGCACUUCCCACUCUAAUCGCCGACGGUCGAGCUCUCGAAACAAGGAUUCUGGUGCGGCUACCUCCAGAGGGAACAGUGACGUAAAGAUGGGAGAAGUACAGCUACAGGUUUGUUACGACUGUCGGGCAGGUAUACUCUACGUGACGGUGUUGCGAGCUUGCUCACUCUUCACUCUCCGCGACGACGAUGACACCCGACCAGAUCCUUUUAUCAAGGUCUACCUCUUGCCUGGACGCAGUGUUGAAAACCAGCGUCGCACCCGCUACCUGAGCCGCACCAGCAACCCUGAGUGGAACCAGACCAUGGUCUACCCCAACCUUCAGCCCUCUGAGCUCUCCAAGAGAUACCUCGAGAUCACAGCUUGGAAUUAUCAACCAAACAAACCUAAUGAAUUCCUCGGCGAGGUUGUGUUAACCUUAUCAGAAGCAACGCUGAUGGACGAGCAAUCGAGGUGGUAUCAGCUACAGGAACCAGACCGUGAGGAUCUUGUGGAACAGCUGGCAGGUGAGACAGGCAGAGAUCCCGCAGCCCGCCCGAAUGAGCACCGAAACGCCCCCAACAGAGACGAUGCAAGGCACGCCUGCGUCCUCCACAGAGACUCCACGGGGCACCCGAUGAACCGGAAUGAGGCACAACUCGCUCCCACCGAACCAGACCCCAGACGCCGACGGCGCCCAGAAGCCUCACCAAUCGCCGCCACCGACACCACAGAACGCAACACCGGAAACCACAAAACCCCAAAAACACCGGCAUACAUGAUAAUUAAGCAGCACCAACCCAACAACACAGGAGCCACACGACCCCAUCGUCCACCCGUCCCCAUCACAGUAGUCAACUGCGAGAGUGAAGUUAAUGGGAUGUAUUCAGGGUCUAGAGCUUUAGAAGAAUGUUACGGAGGUUCCUGUGUCGAGUCGCAGUAG